ACACACACACGUUCUUUAUCCAUUUUCCUUUUGGAUUCCUAACCCCCCUUUCUUCGUCUUUUUGCCCUUUUCUUGUCUAAAGUCUAAUGCACUCAUAAAAAGGAAUCUCUCACUCUUGUUUUUCCAACAAAUCAAAGAGAUCAGUGGUUGUUGAGUUAUCUCUCCUUGCCUUUUUUGCCUAUCAACUAUCAGGAUUGAAGGUAAUCGAUUUCGGAGAAUUUCAGGGACUUACAUUAGUUGUUGGAUUCGAUAGAUGGGAUCUGAAGGGCCUACGCCGGGUGUUACGGUCCACGUAACGGGAUUUAAAAGAUUCCACGGAGUCGCGGAGAAUCCAACCGAAACUAUAGUCGAAAAUCUGCAAAAUUACAUGAACAAACGGGGUUUGCCCGAAAGGCUAAUUCUCGGUAAUUGCAGGAUUCUCGAAACUGCCGGACAAGGCGCGAUCGUCCCGUUAUAUCAAACACUGCAAUCUGCCGUAAUUAAAGAUACUACUUCCGUCUCGAAUUCCGGCACCGUUAUUUGGAUUCAUUUGGGGGUUAAUAGUGGAGCCACGAGAUUUGCUAUAGAGCAGCAAGCUGUGAACGAGGCUACAUUCCGUUGCCCCGACCAGUUGGGGUGGAAGCCUCAGAAACUUCCCAUUGUUCCAGCAGAUGGUGCGAUUUCACGUAUACGAGAGAGUUCAAUUCCCGUUGAGGAAAUCACAAAGACGUUGGCGAAAAAGGGUUAUGAAGUGACGAGUUCGGACGAUGCCGGAAGAUUUGUAUGCAACUAUGUGUAUUACCAUUCGUUGCGUUUCGCGGAGCAGAAUGGGGUAAAAUCGGUAUUUGUGCACGUUCCUCUCUUCUCGACUAUCGAUCAAGACACGCAAAUGGAGUUUGUUGCUUCCUUGUUGGAGGUACUUGCCACUUUAUACUAAAACACUUCCCCUAUAAUAAAUUAUCUGUAUUUUUAUUUUCCAAGUGUUUUAAAUUAUUUAUGUCGGGUUUAUGCGAAAAAAAAUAAAAAUAAAAAUAUAUUUACGUCUUGUUUGAUUGUGUCCCCAUGUAUGUCGAAGAUGCAUAUUCAUGUUGAAAUUCGCCUUGUAAUAUUCUAAUGUACACGUGUAUUCAUCGAACACGCGUUUUACGCACACACACUCGUGUGUUUAUUUACGUUUGUGAUUGUGUAAAUUUAGGGUGAUAUGUUAUCGGAUGAAACUCGCAAAUGUAACAUCUACAAAACCAUCUCCAAUGUGAUUCACCUCUACCAACAUUUAAUUUAAUUAAAAUGCUAUUUAUAU